CCUCAGCAUUUGAACAAGAAGUUCAUUUUGAAAUCAUCGCAUCCACUGCAUGUAUACGUAUAUUAAGACAAUUUGGUUUCGACGCGGAGUACUGAUCAAAUCGACAUUUCUAGAACCAAGUUAAUUAAACCUAGCAAGGUGCAUCAUAAGAUGUCGUGCUUGGACUCCAUUUUCAGAAUUCACCAGUUGUUAGAUGAUUAGGAUGACGCAAUCCAUCGGCUGAAGUCGGCAAGAGCAAGAAAGAUAUAAGAAAGUCCAAAGACAAAAUACCAGCUUCCCAAUUAUAAGUCUUCAGACUCUUCUCCAUUUAACCAGGAUCUAAUUACUAAUUGAUUGUGCCCCAAAGUUUUCUUAAUGAAUGAUGAUUUGUGAACUAAUCAACAUCACCCACUAAGAAAUAGGAAGGAUUUGCAAAUAAUGAUUUGGAGUUCUCACCAACCCUCUCUCACUAUAUUUCAAAGUAGUGCACACACAAGUUUCAACACAAUUUUGGGCUGGUUAGACAAUUAAAUCCGCCAUAUAAAAUAUAAAUAACUUAAUUAUUGGGAGCGCCCUAAAUAGUAAAUACCUAUCAAUAUUGAGAGGAUGAUGAGGAUUCAAAUAUGAUACCUCUCGACCAGUUGAACGCUCGGAUACAAUCAAGAACUUUUAAUCAUAAUAAAUCAACUUGUUGGAGGAUGCACACAAAUGAAAGUUUUAAUCAUAAUAAAUCAACUUGUUGGAGGAUGCACACAAAUGGGUACCUUAAUUCGGAACAAAUUGACUUGUUCUGGGUUAUUCUUUCGUCAAAGCAAUGGAACAACAUUUACUAUAAUGGUAGAGGACGAGCACUACUCGAUCUCUGUAACACUUCAUCAAAAGUUCGAACCAUAAUUCGAUACGGAAUACAUGAAUCAAAGAGGCUAACAUAAAUGAACAAUGCACAAAUAAAACAGAACUGAAUGAAGUCGGGUGGAGAGAUUGAAUGAUCAGUAAUUAUUUCCAAGUGUCACAAUGUUAUGGAAAGAGGCAUAUAUUAUUUGAUAAAAAACAACAAGAAACUGAAGAUAUCUAUUCUAAACCUAACUUGUCGACCCAUCUAUGGCUACCUAGUACUGGGCCACUCAUCCCAUAACGGCUGAUCCUCCUACAUACAUAGAGAUAGAAGAGCUAAAAUUAGUGGCCAUCGACUAUAUCUUAGCUGCUUUCAGCUGUUCAUCAGACCAAAUUAUUACUCUGUGAAGUACAACUAAGGGUGGAGUUUCAGUUACCGAUUUUUCGGUUAACCGAUAGGUUAAACCGAUAACUGGCCGAUUAUCCACUAACCGAUAUAACCGAAAUUCGAUCGGUUAUUGGAGGCUUGACUAGAUGGUUUUGAUCCUGAAGGAGGUGCGGUUAAUCGAUAAUCGAGAUAAUCGAAGCCUAUUUCGAUCGGUUGUCGGUUGGGGGUCGGCCUUUCGGUUAAUCGAUAACCGACCGUUCGGUUACCGGUUAUAACCGAAAAUCCACCCCUGAGUACAACCAUCUUUCAGGGCUUUAGACUUUAGACAAAGGUAGCUAUAGUUGAUGGAUGAAGAACGUUAAACUCGUCAUUCAUAUAUGUUUGGAUUGAUCGAAUUCCCUCAUGUCCCACAAAUUCCUUUCUCUUUCGAGGCUAAAGGAUGCAUGCGUAAUUUUCUACGGCUUGUUUGCUUGAUGGAUUUGGUGAAGGAUUUAGUAAUGGAUUUGGGUGCAUGAUAGACGUUGUCCAAAAUUCAUUGUUUGCUUCGAGUAUUUAGAGGUAACAAAUCCAUGGGCCCCACGGACUUGAAAAUCUCACCUCUUUAGGUGAGAAUUGAUCAUGGACUUUGAAGUCUUAUCAUUUCUUACCAACUUAUCCCUCGUAUUUUCUUUCUCUUCUUAUAUCUUUGAGGGCAAUAAAGGUAAAUUUUACUCCAUACAUAUAAAUUUAAUUAACAAAAUUCAUAAUGAAAUUCAUGAAACAAAAAAUGGUGUUUUUCAAAUUCAUAAUGAACCCAAAACCCUCAUAUAUCCAUGAUUUUUCAAAACCCAAGAUAUACCAGAACUUUCAGUUUUCAAAUACACAAAGCAAACGCACCCUAAAUAGGCUUAGGUGUUACUUCUACUCCUAUGGGCUUGCUUUGCCCAAAACCUAGAUAAUAAGUAAAAGGCAACCUUGCUCUAGAAAACAAGUUCAAAAGUAAAGCCUUUUGUUUCUUUUGUGGAAUUAUUUUUAUGUUCCCAAGUUCGCACGUAUGGACAAGGAUGAUUAGGGUCGGGGUUGGGUACCGGGUGAGUUUCAAGCGCAAACUAACAAUUCCGUUUACUAUCGAGUUGGUGUAAUUGCAACCUGCUAUCCACCAACAUGUAUCUUUGUGUUGGGUUAGAUGAAUGAUAGAUGGGUGAGGCUGGGUUGUGGGUUACCCCCAAAAAUGAUUCUUCUUCCCCUAGCCAUGGGACAAGCUGAUCGAGCAACGUUUAUAAUAAAUUUCUCCCGACAAGAUGGUAGCAAUUAAACACAUCCUUGUUGUAUCUUACGUGGAUCCGACUAGUACUUGUGACUUGUAAAGUUUUUCAUUACUGAUACCAAUUUUUCAAUUGACCCAUUUAGAUGUAAGUAUUCGUUGAAAUAGAAAAGGUCGCUAAGUAGUAAGUACAUAUCGUAGAGAUCAAAGUCAUUUACACAUGUGAACCCCACUCUCAUUUGUCAAAUGUAUCAAUCCUUCAGUACUCCGCAUUAAACCAGAUGUAUAAAAUACUGUUUCUUUUGACAAAUUCGAUACAAUCUAAUUGUCUGCAGCUGCAUCUCAACAUCCAAUGAACAUUACACUACAAAAUAACCAAUAAUCCUUUGCUGUGUGAAACUGGAAUGCAUUUCAUUAGAGCUCAAGCUCAAUUGGUACUCAUUUCACCCAUCCACGGGUAAUUAGUGCGACUCAUAACCAAAUUAUUGGCAAAAAUCUAUGCUUGGGUUACAGCAUUUCACCCCAGCCAUCUAAAUCCAAUCUCAAUAUUUACCGGGUGCAGACACUUAUCGACCAUCGUAUUUUAUUUAUUUAAUUUUCCUAGCCUGGUCUUAGGAGACCUUAUAUUUUGUUGUAUCUUUGCUGCUUUCCUUUUGGAUUAACUAUGGCGCAAAAAAAAAAGAUAGAUUUUAAACCGUUUCACCAGUGUUAUUAACUCCUCCAAUCAAGAAAAAUCAAUCUACUAAAACAUGUAACAUACCCCACAUAUAAUAGUACACUGAACUGAGUAUUCAUUGUAUAAGUAAUAGACAUGUGCCACAUCUACCCAUCACACAACAAAUGCUUGAAAAUUAGCCAUUCAUCAAGUUGGGAUUUAAAAUACGAUUAGUAAUUAAUUAACUACUAAUCGCAAUAUAAUAAUAAAAAAAUUGUUUAGAGAGAGAGAGGAUGAGUGAGAGGGGGUAGGUGUGAGAUUUUGACCAAACCAACCUCUCAAACCUUCCUUCCUUCCUUCCUUCUUCCUCUCCUCUUCCUUCCCCUUUCCUUUUAAUCCUUUCCUCCCAUUUAAAUACCCCUUCCCCCCCUUCCUUUUCUCCUCAGCUUCGCGUUCCCGAGAACAACAAGCUGAACAACUAUAACACCAAAACAAAAAUUACAGUUCCGAUAGCGUAUAUCUCUCUUUACUCUUCCGCUUCUACAAUUUCCGAUUCCGGUAGCGAAAAUUUGAGAUAUGCAGUCUCUAUCACCGCCUCCGUCGUCUCUCAACUCCUCGUUAUCCGGAACCAACCGCCACCGUCCCUCCUCCUCCUCCGUGGCGGGACCAACCGUCGUCCGCUGCAUCCACCGCUCCUACGACUCCGUCAACUUCCCCGCCGGCGCCGUCCGCAGCAGAUCCGACUGGCAGAGCUCCUGCGCCAUCCUCUCCAGCAAAGUCGCCGCUCAGGAGCAGCAUUCCGAUUCCAGAUCUGGACGAGACAAUAACGGACUCGAUUCCAUAGCUUCGGUCAACGGCCACAAGACGAUUGACCUGGAUUUGGUCCCGGCCGACGGUACCGCGACCGUCGUCGGCGGAGACAGCAGCAUCAACAACAACGACAGGCCGUUGCCGAUGCAGAGGCCGUUGACCAUCACCGACCUCGCUCCAGCUCCGAUGCACGGCGCGCAGCUGCGAGUCGCCUACCAGGGAGUCCCCGGCGCGUACUCCGAGGCGGCGGCCGGCAAGGCCUAUCCGCAGUGCGACGCCAUUCCUUGCGACCAAUUCGAGGUCGCUUUCCAGGCGGUGGAGCUCUGGAUUGCAGAUCGAGCUGUUCUACCAGUGGAGAACUCUCUAGGCGGUUCGAUUCACAGGAAUUACGACCUCCUCCUCCGCCACCGCCUCCACAUCGUCGGAGAGGUCCAGCUCCCCGUCCACCACUGCCUGAUGGCGCUGCCUGGGGUGAGGAAGGAGUACAUCACGCGCGUGAUCUCCCACCCGCAGGCGCUGGCACAGUGCGAGCACACGCUCACCAAGCUGGGCCUCCAGGCGGCGCGUGAGGCGGUGGACGACACGGCGGGCGCGGCGGAGUACAUCGCGGCGAAUGGGCUCAGGGACACAGCGGCGAUAGCCAGCGCGCGCGCGGCGGAGCUGUACGGGAUGCAGAUCCUGGCGGACGGGAUCCAGGACGACUGCGGGAACGUGACGCGGUUCGUGAUGCUGGCGCGUGAGCCGAUCAUCCCGAGGACGGACCGGCCGUUCAAGACGAGCAUCGUGUUCGCCCACGAUAAGGGGAUGAGCGUGCUGUUCAAGGUGCUGUCGGCGUUCGCGUUCAGGAACAUCAACUUGACGAAGAUCGAGUCGCGGCCGCACCGGAACCGGCCGGUCCGGCUGGCGGGCGACGGCGCGAGCGAGGGUGGGACGGCGAAGCACUUCGAGUACCUGUUCUACGUUGAUUUCGAGGCGUCGAUGGCGGAGGUGAGGGCGCAGAACGCGCUGGCGGAGGUGCAGGAGUUCACGUCCUUCUUGCGGGUGCUGGGGAGCUAUCCCAUGGACAUGACCCCAUGGUCGCCUUCCGGUGGGGAUUAAUUGAACCAACCCAGCAAAAAAAAAAAAAAAAAAUAGACAAAGAAAUUUUAUUUGCUGGAAAAAGUGUUGUUUAUUAUUUGGCUUGCACAUAGAAGGGAAGUUGGACUUAAUUUGGGUGGGGUUUUAGAUCCAUUAAAUGGGUUUAAAAUUGGUUGGAAGGAUGACAAAGCUGAUGUGGUAAUUAUUGCUUGGUUAUUGAAGUUGUUGAGGGUAAAUAUCUUUUUUUUUAAUCACGAUUUUAACUUACUAGUUACGUCUGCUAUACGAUUACCUGUAUGACUAGUUCGAUCGAACAAAGUUUACUAUCGAAUUAUAAAUAGAGAUGAUUUUAACGGUAUGAAACAAUUAAAUUAUAAUUAAAUAGUAGUUAAAUCAUAAAAGCUCGACGUAUUGUCAUUGCCAGAGCAGAGUGGGUGUAGAAAGCAAGCAUAUAACAUGUACAGAAAUUAAAAACAAAAAUACUAAUAUUCGAUAGGUGACGAUUAGUGUAUUUAGGUUUUAAGGGUAUAUUGUGUAAUUAACCAUAAAAAAUUGAUGAUGGGGAUCUCAAAUCUGAUCUCCAUUUAGCUCUAUAUGCACCAAACUUUCUCAGCGUAUUGAAAUAUGGAGUGGUUGAAGUAUGUGUUAGAAACCGAACAGAAAAAUUAGGGUUACCGAUCUGUCUGAGUCGCGGACUAGGUCGCUCUCUUUAAGACGUUCGCGGCACUGCUUCGUAUUGCGCACAGCAGACUAUCAGCCGGUCGCCUCCAGGAUAAAACAGCCACUCUAAUUUUGUUGCUCAUCAGUUUUAUGCGUCUCCUAUUUAUAGGAGCAGAAAACCCAGAAUAUUCUCUCUUUUUUGGGAAUAAGUCAUAUUUUAAUUAGGGAGAUAAUUACUCCCAUAAUUAAAAUAUAAUCUAUUAAGAUAAUUAUUCCUAAUUAUCUCCAUAAUAUUCUUUUUAUUAAUUAUCCAUCUUAUUUAUGUAUUUUGGAAAAAUACUGGAUAAUUAAUUAGGAAUUUCAUUUAUAACUUUUCAAAGCUAUUCAUCCCAUCAGUAUGUACUUGGCUUCUUAAUUGGUUGGAUCUAAUUAGUCUCUUUUUAUAUAGGAUUAUUUAUCUAUUAAUUAUUUGCUUAAAAUCCCUCCUAGAAGAUCAUAAUCUUGGACGCAGCCUGCUGCAUGUAUGACCGAGUUAAUUAUGAAACACAGAUAAUGAUGUGUGUAAUUAUAAAUAGUUCCAAAGAUUCUUCUCAAGUUUCAUGCCGAGGAUCAUUAGUCACUAAUUAAUUUUUUUCUAGUUUUCUGUUACAUCUACAAGUGAAUUGGUGGAUUUGCAUUUCCUAAUCUCUUUAAUUUUAGAAUUUGCAAUUGAGAUUGAUAAAAUAGGAAUUAUUAGAUUCUUACAAAAUCCUCAUUUUAUGGAGAAUUCUGGAGAUGGGUUAUAUUUUAUGUCCUUUUUUAUAGUGUACUCAUAUGUUUUACUAAAGUAAAAUAAAAUAUAUGUCCUUUUUUUUAUAGUGUACUCAUAUUUUUACUAAAGUAAAAUAAAAUAUAUGUCCUUUUUUUAUAGUGUACUCAUAUUUUUACUAAAGUAAAAUGCUCAUU